AAAAUAAAAUGAUAAAUAAUAAUAAAAUAUAAUAACGUUUAAUCAGAAAUCUACCGAUAUAAAUAAUUGUGAUUGAGUUAAAUUUGGAAAUAUCGGUGAAAUAAUCGAUCCUCGAACGAAGACGAUCAGACAUCGAUUCAUCGGUCGGACAUUCUGUGGAAAACGCGCGAAAAGACCGCGCUUGUGAUGACUUCUGGUCACUUGCAAGAACACUCUGUGCAAUUGUUGUAAGCAGGAAGAUGGAUUACAAGACGCAUCGGCGUCACACGGCUAUCGUGGAGACGACUGACUUCAAAGACAAUUAUCCUCACGACAUUCAGAUAUAUGAUGAGCCACCAAUGGGCGAAAUGUCAUUGGAAGAGUUCCAAGAGUUGGGAUUUGACAGGUUGAAAGCACUUCGUUUGGUAGAGACAACGAAUUUCAGAAGUGACUUGAAAACACUGGAAGAUCGCAAGAAAGCCCUGUGUGAUUCUUUGAAGUCAGAUGGACUGAAGUAUUAUGCGAAUCUUUUAUACGCUGAUGGAUCCAAUCCACAAUCGGAGGAACACUCGCAGAUCAGGAUGAAGGAUCAUUUAUCUCAUUUUAUCUUAAGACUUGUAUAUUGCCACGAUCCAGAGCAGACUAAAUGGUUUAUCAAUCAGGAAGUUGAAUUCUUUAAGCUAAGAUUCAGUUCGUUGGAUAAGAAGGGUGUCGAAUACUUAUUAAGCAUCAAUAAUUUGGAUUGCACACCUAUCUCUCAAGAUGAGAAACUAAACUUGAAGGAAGAGCUCGGUUCAUCGUCUGGAAAGGUGAUGAAUAUUGAUAUCACUGAUAUUUAUAAGGUACGCUUCGAGAAGGUCGUCGAUUUAGUUAGGGGACGUAAGGUAUACCUCAAAGCAGGAGUGGCAUAUAUUACUCACAUGGACAUGAUCUCUGUAUUUGUGUCGUAUUUCAGAGAAAGUCUAGUUGCAGGUUUAGAGAGUGCAAAGAGUCUUUAUGAUAACAUAUCCGAUGAUGAACGACUGACCAGAUACCUAAAAGGUCUCCCUUCAGCUUUUUCUGGGAUGGCACGUGUUGUAUGGUCGACCACAGCAACACCUAUCGACAAGCUAAAUGACUUGUCGAAAUCGUCUUAUCCUAUGUGCAUGAGAACACUUCACGAGGCGCUUUGCAACAACAAUCACCUGAAGAAUUCGGGACGCAUGCAGUACGGCUUAUUCCUGAAAGGCAUUGGCGUGACCUUAGAAGAUGCUCUGCGAUUCUGGAGUCACGCAUUCUCAAAGAAGAUCGACGGGAGCGCGUUCGAGAAGAAGUAUGCGUACUCGAUUAGGCAUUAUUACGGUAAAGAGGGAAGACAAACGAAUUAUACGCCGUACGGCUGUCAGAAGGUCAUAUCCAGCGCGGUCGGGCCUGGAGAAUAUCACGGGUGCCCUUUCAGACACAUGGACCGCGACUCGCUGUGUCAAAAGUUAACCAGUUAUGGUGUAUUUGCCUCUAACACAACUGAGAUACUGGACUUGGCUAAAGACGGGCAAUACCAUCUGGCGUGCGCGAAGUACUUUGAAAUUGUGCACAACAAGCCGGCGAGUAAGCCACUUCUGCAUCCAAAUGCAUACUUCUCUGAAAGUCGCGCGAUUCUGACCGAAGACGACAAUGGUAACAAAGACUCGGAUAACAAAGACAGAAGUACAAUUGGAACUCCCGGUGGGUCUUCGAGGAGAAACGAUCGGUAUUCUACGCCCUCUGGAAAUACAGACUUCGCCGACACGCCAAGGAGGAAAGAUAGAUACUCUACGCCGUCGAGAAACGCAGACGAAACGGGAACGCCUCUGAGGAAAAUUCAAAAAACGGGUUAUCAAACGCCCUCGACACGAGACGUCAAAAUGACCCCGGUGAACAUCGCAAAAAUACUGAAUGACGAUGACUUCGCGGAAUUCAUGGACAUGUAG